AUGGACGGCAUCCCAGCAAGUACACCACUAUCAGAGCUCAGAGACAAAGCCUACUGGGACUCCCGAUACGAUAAAGAGUUUCAGGAAAAAGAUGAUGCGAAUUUUGACUGGUUUAAGGGCUAUAAGGACCUCGAGCCAUGGCUGUCGGAACACUUGAAACCCGAGUCGAAGAUUUUGAUGUUGGGUUGCGGAAACAGCACCCUAUCAGCGGACCUCUAUAACGCCGGCUACAAACACGUACACAACAUCGACUUCGCUCCGACCUGCAUUGAGAGAAUGAAAGCAUUGCAUGCCGACAAGGCCGAAAUGACAUGGGAAGUAAUGGACGUCCUGGACCUCAAAUACGAUGGUGCAACCUUCGACGUCGCAAUCGACAAGGGCACAAUGGAUGCUCUCCUCUGCUUCGAUCCAGAGGAGGGAUCCGUCUGGAGUCCUCCAGAGCACGUCGUAGCGAACUGCACGAAAGAGGUUGACGAGGCAAUUCGUGUUCUGAAACCCGGAGGCAAGUUCUUGUAUUGUACGUUCGGACAACCACAUUUCCGGAGACGAUACAUGCAGAGGGAGGGCGUGUGGAAAGAUGAUGAGGUGAAGCUCACGACGCUAGGUGACAUGUUCCAUUACUUCUUGUUCAGCUGCGAAAAGAACUAG